CAUGUAUUCGAUCAGUAAGUUGUACAAUGAUCUUGUAGUGUGACGCGUUUUUGUAAAAAGUCAAAAAGUUCUGUUUCUUCGAUUUUUCUUCUUUCAACAUAAAAAAGCAGGAAUUUCUCCAUUCGUCAGUGCCACGACAUAAUUUGGUUAUUAUUUGGAUUUACAAUGGCAAAAGCACCUACAUAUGUAAACUGUAGAAGUCCUUACUAUCCAGACAUUCAAAGAUUUCCUUUCAGUAUCGGUAACAACAAGCAAAGUAAAACCAGGUUUUAAGUGGAUAGAAAGAACAGAAAUUAUGCUCAAAAUGGAUCCAUAGCUCAAGCUCAAGAUAGAAUAGGAGUACUAGUAUUAUUUAUCAAGAUUAAUUCCAUAAUGAAUACAUCUUUGUCGACUACCAACCCAUUGAUACAACAGCACCAGAAUACAAAUGAUCCCAGUUCUGCCAUUGUACCUUUCUUAAAUGAUGGUGAAGGAGCAAGUUUUCCUGUAGCAGCUAUAGUUAUUAUUGCUGUUGCUUGUUAUGUUAUUUUGAUGUUUAUAAUUUUUGCUUUGGUCAGAUGCUACUGUGGUAAACAAUGUUCCACCAUUACCUGUACUUGUUGUGGUAAACCAGAUGUUUGUUGUACAUUUGAGGGUAAGAGAACAGAUUGGGGUGCAUGUUGUGCUAAUAACGAGUCAACUGUCGCUUGUAUUACCUGUGCCUGUUGUGAUCGUAUCUGCCUUCCCAGAAAGGAUGUUGAUUGUGUUGGUAUCAUCUUGUGUGAUCGAUGUCUUGGAGAAAAUGGAUGUUGUUCGCAAUAUUACAAUACACCUCUCAAUGUACGUCCUGAACCUGUAUGUCAGUGUGAUAAUUGUGGUAAUAUGCAGGGAUGUGAUUGUCAGUGUAAUUUAGAUUGUGAUACUAUCAAUUGUUUGUGUUUUCAAAUACAUCGAACUAAUCGUCCACCCAGUCCACCACCGCCAUACAAGAACUACUCUAACAAUGCUUCGACUGAAACAUUCAAACAACCUCCAUCCACUUUGUCCACACCAUCAACAGGUGGAUCUGUUAUUGUGUCGGCACCCACCACCGGCAGGUCAUUAAGUCCAUUAUUUACUGAUAGAAGCUUUGAUGUAGAAGCCAAAUCUACGCAAACACCAAGGAAUCUUUAUCCUGUCAUUGAUUAUGUUCAUCCCUCUUUGUCAACGACACGUUCAACUAAAAGUACAAAAUCCUCUGUGGCCCCACACACAAAUAAACAACUUUUUGCCCCUAGAAAUGCUGCACAAUUACAUCAGAAAAAAUCAGGUGCAAAGACACCAAGAUCGACAAGGGAUGGAAAUACUUCUGCGAGAGGGAGUCACAGAUCUACUACGCCACUUAAUGAAAGAGAGGAAUAUACUAACAGAAGUGAAACUUCAAGAAGUAAAUCUGAUACAAGUAUAAUAGACAUUGAAGACACAGAAUCUAGUACCAUAUCGCCCCAUCCCGGUCGGGUGCAUACAUCAAAAAGUGCUAAUAGUGCCAACACAACAUUAGAAAGUUCAAGAAAGAUAUCGUCACGUUCCAUACCCAUGUCAUCCUCAUCCAAUCAGAAUUCAUCGCUCAACUCAACAUCAGAAGCUCUUCUUGCUCAAUAUCAAUUAAUGGAUGCUAGUAAAUUAUCAAGUUCAUUGGAAAAUAAUGCCUAAUUGUACAGCCUAAUUUACAAUUAUGGCCACAGUGGUUAGAACAGAUUAUGAUAAAAUAUGAGUAUAAACAUUUAGAUUGAUCAUCUUCCCAAUCCAGUCAUUCACAUACUCUACUUACAUGUACCUGGAUUACUUUCUUCUUUUAUAAAACCAGAUUUCUUCGACUACUUCCCAGGUGUAAUUAUUGUAAAAUUUGAUUUUUGAGUUCCCAUAUUGUAAUUGCUGUAUCAUUCACUGUAUUUGUCUGAAACAUUUCGAAUGGACUGAAUUACUAUUUCAGAACUUCAGUUGAGUAUUCCCUUAAUUUGACUUGCUAGAUACUGUUUUUUUGUGGUUUUUUGAAAGCUCAAAUCAAGGGAGACAAAUCAUUUAUUAAACAUAGCACGUUUUACUUCCCUGGGAAAAUGUCAGUGGUAAGAUUGCAGCUGUUUCAACAGUGCAUUAAAUACUGCAACGAGUGUGUUUUGAAACUAAAUUAAGAGUUCCAAUUAACGUCCAAUAUAAAAGCUGUUUCCCCCACUUUAAUUAGUUAAACAACAAGUAUAUUUAAAGUUUCAUAUAGUUUCAUAAUAUUAUCACUUUGAGAAUAAAUUUUUGAACUUUCUUUUGUUCUAUCCAUUUUGCUCAACUAAAAUGAAUGUUUGAUUUUGAGUAACAACGAGUAUUUUUGGUUUUCAUUUAUUGUGACAAAAAAGAAGGUAGAAUUAUAUGAAACUACAAAAUAUGUGAUAUAUUUUAAUACUCGGUUUUAAUAUCACAGAAUAUCUUCUGGUUUUUGAAGAAUUGUUCAGUGAAAUGUCUAUUUUUGACAAUCGUUUGUAAAUUAUAAUAAAUAUGUGUAUUUUUGUAUGUUUAUUGUUUGUUUAAUACUUAAUAGGUAGUGUUAUUUUUUUUUUAUCUUGUUUAUUUGAUGUGAUCAAAUUUUAUUUCCCAGUUAGUAAUAAGGUAAACCAGUUAAACACAUAUUUUCAUGACUCUAAAAUACAUAAUCAUCAACUGUGAUAUAUGUUCAGACUACUAGGAAAAUAUAUUGAAUUUGCCAAAACCAUGGUACCUUAAUUAAGAGAUACUUCAAAACAUAACAUUUUAAGUGAUACAAAUUUUAAUGCAGUGAGUGCAGUAACUAUGCUUGUUACUAUUACAGCACAUAAUGACUAAAGAGUGAGGAACAAUAUAUUAUAAUUAAAUUGUUGGGACUUAUUAUGGAAUUUUAGACUAUAAUAUUAUUUAAUUCCAUAAGUGACAGCUAGAAGUAUGGUUAACUAUUCACAAACAAAACAAGGUUAAUAUGGAUAUAACUAACAACGAUGUUGCAUAACACAUAAAGCCAGGUAAUGUUUUCAAAAAGACCAGUAUGUUUUGCAAAAGUUAUUUAAUAACAGAGAAGUAGUUAUAUCCAUAUAUACCUUGUGUUUUUUUUAUAUUGUUUUUCCUGGUAGUUAGAAAUUUAGUUUACUAGGUAGACUAUAUAGUAAACCUGCUCUUGGAAGUAAAUCUUUAACACUAGAGAUUCAAAUUGUAAAUUGGCUUAUGAGCUAAACCUUUAAGGGCUUUGUAUUUUCUGAAAAAAAAGCUCUGGCUAUAGUCUAUAUAUUUUUUUUAUCAAUAAUACCCAUUGUAUGCCAUGACUUGUAAAUAUUAACAUUUGAUUUUUAUAAAUGUGCAUCAAAAUUGGUGAUAGGAAAUUAAAUUAUGCAGUAAUAUAUCACCAUAUGGCAGCAGACUUAUUAUUAUUAUUAUCCGCUAGAAGUAAUUACAUGUAUCUAGUAGAUGUAGUUGUAUACCUGCAAAUUUUAAACAUUGCUCAUGCAUAUUGUAACUUUUAAAAUUGGACAAAAUCCCACAUUAUAUUUGAUUGGAAAGUAUAGAUCUCCUAGUAUAUUAUAUUUGUUAUUCUAAUGUUAUAUAUUGUCUUAUAUUUGUUAUUGAAUUUGUUGUUACUGUGAUAUAGGCUUGCUUUAGCAAGGACACAGAGGCCUUACAUAUUUAUGUGUGCUUAUUUAUAGUAUAAAAUUCUCACAGUGCUUUUUGUUGGACAAUUAUUUGACAUACUAGCCAAACAAUUGUAAAUGAUAUUUUGUAUAUAUAUAUGACAUAUUUUACGCAAUAAUAAACAAAACAUAAUCAUUUGUUUUAACAGAAUGGAGGAAGAGGGGGGGGGGGCAUCAUUUUUAUUAUAACUAAAUAAUAAAUGUCAGAAUUUGUAAUUUUGAAGUGUGUCCACUAAAAUGUAGCUUUGGGAUUCUGAUGAAUUGAGAAGUAAUGCUUAAGAUAAUGCUAAUGCUUGGGUGCCAUUAAUGUCUGAAAUUGGAACUGCCUUAUUUUAAUAAUUUAUGAAGAGGUAAUAAAACCUGUUAUUAUUUACAAGCUUGUAGUUCUAGGGUAAUUUUACUCUGGCAAAUAAUUUUUUAUGUGGUUCUUGUUUCAUAACAAAAUAAGAUAUUAUUGUAGUUUGUAAUUCUAGGUUAGUUUUAAUCUGGAAUGUAAACUUAAUUUCUAUGGUUCUAUUUGAUUAGUUGUAACAAGAUGUGAUAUUAGUUAAAUUUCUAACUCUAGGGUAAUUUUAUUCUGGCAGCACAUAAGUCAGUAUUUAUGGUUCUUGUAUCUGGUUGUAAUAAAACCUGUUAUUUAAAAAGCUUGUAGCCUUAUGGUAAGUUUUCUCUGGCAAGUUAUUUUUUGUAGGGUUCUAGCUUAAUAGUUGUAACAGGUCUGAUAUUAUUUAAGUUUGUUGAUCUAUGGCAGUGGUUCUCAACCUUUUUUGCCAACGGCACACCAGGGAACACAUGAAAAAAUAGCGGCAAACCUGGAUAAAUAUAUAUGAAAAAUAUCUGAAUUUUGCAAAAUAAAAACAUGGUAAGUCAGACGGCAUACAACCGUAGACAGAGACUAGUUAUAGACACAUAGAAUGACUCAAAUUGAAUAAAGAAAAACACAGCUAUGAACUUAUAAGUAGACACCAAUGAAUACUCAAUUGGGAUCAGGCGUUUUUUCACAUUUUCUUAGUGUGCCGUUCAAAAUUUCGCGGCACACUUAGGAUGGUGUGUCGUGGCACACUGGUUGAGAAUCACUGAUCUUACUCUGGAUUGUUUACUUAUUUUUUUAGGGGUUGAUAUUCAUAGUUGUAACAAAAUCUGAUAUUAUUCAAGUUUGCAUGUCCUUGGGUAAUUUUAUUCUGGCAUGUAAACUUAUUUUUAUUAGGGUUCUGUAUUCAUAGUUUUGUCAUUGUUGUGUUGUAAUUGGCAGAAUUUUCAAUUUAAGAUUUACGAUUUUAGGGUUUAUUAUAUAUUAAUGUAAAAUUUGAUUGUGCCUUUAAACUUUUUUUUGUAUGGUUUAUAUUCUCUCUUAAAUUUGAAUGUUUGAAAAUGUUUUUGGGAGAAAUUGGUUUUGGUUCAACCACUGUGGAUGGUAUCUUGCUCUGGAUGUUUCAAGUUAUUUACAAUGUUUUCACUAUGAAUUGUUUUAGAUGCCAAGUCAAUCUCUACAACUGUAAAUGUGAUCGAAAUUCUUUCGUACACAAUAGAUCCAUAUGUUUAAAGCUUCUCAAAUUCUAUACAUAUAUAUCAGUUAUAAAUAUAAGCAUAUUUUCAGGAAGCAAGGUUCCUACAAUAGUAAAACUUUUGGGGAGAUAUGAUCCAUUGAUCUUGAUUAUAUGUGCCAAAACAAAAUGUUUGAACCUUUUUCAACUUUGCAGUACUAAUUAUAUUUGGGUGUCUAAAUUUUGGACAAUAUAGUCUUCACUGGAAGGGGUAUUAUCUGUAGUAUUACUACUCUACAAUGAUUUUAACACAGAUUGUAACAAAUUAUAUAUUUUUCAGCAAGUCAUAAAAUUUAUCAUCAAUUCUAAUUUAUUUUUUUUAUCAUCAAUCCGUCCGUCCGAUACCAUCUUAAAACUAUUUUGACAGUUAUUUAAUAACCUAAAGAGUUCAUCUAUAAAGACCAAUGGUAUUUUUGAAUUCAUAUUGUGUAUCUAAACUCAGUGAUAGUUUAUCGGUGAUAUUAGAAAGUGCACUGUUAGUUGUAUUAAUGUGCCAAUAUUAUAGAUUUCAUCAUAUAACAUGGAAAUUUCUUUUAUUAAAUUAUUGUAUUAAGACUAAUAAUUAUUGUUCUUUGUAUGUUUCAUUAAAUAAUUAGUGUAUUUUCAGGAA